UUGUUUCUAUAUAAGCUUGAUCGACAAUUUUACUUCACUCGAAACCCUAGCAGCCAGAAUCGCUAAUUGCACUCACGGCGUAUUCCGAUAUCUGAACUCCAACCAUGGCGGACGACAAUCCCGAUGUGGCGGCGGCGGGUGUGCCGAAGAAGAGGACGUUCAAGAAGUUCAGUUUCCGCGGAGUCGACUUGGAUGCUCUCCUCGACAUGUCCACGGAUGAGCUUGUCAAGCUCUUCACUGCCAGGGCUCGCAGAAGGUUCCGAAGGGGUCUGACAAGAAAGCCAAUGGCUCUGAUCAAGAAGCUACGCAAAGCGAAACGUGAGGCACCACCCGGUGAGAAGCCAGAACCCGUUAGAACUCACCUGCGCAACAUGAUUAUAGUACCUGAAAUGAUUGGAAGUAUUGUCGGAGUUUACAACGGGAAGACCUUCAAUCAAGUUGAAAUCAAGCCUGAGAUGAUUGGCCAUUACCUUGCUGAGUUUUCUAUCUCGUACAAGCCUGUCAAGCACGGCAGACCUGGUAUUGGUGCUACUCACUCAUCAAGGUUCAUUCCUCUGAAGUGAAAAGAGAAUAGAAUUUCAGUCUUGGAGUAUACUCUGGUUUCCUUCAUGGAUAUUUAUUUUUUCUUUAUUAGUCUAUUUUUGGCGACUUUUUGACUGAAUUUAAUUUCUAUAAACAAUGAAACGUAAUUUUGAUGUAUGAUGCUGCACUUGUUAAACUAGAGAGAUCUUGUCUUAUUACCAAGAAUUCUUAAGCUGUUUGCAGGAUGUGCCUUGUGUGUUA